AUGGUGGACGAGCUGAUUGUUGAAUGUGUGUACAAAGAGGACGGCUGCGACUACAAAGGCGAACGACAACUCCUACCUGCACACCUGAAGGAGAAGUGUAUGUUCUCGGAGGAUGCAGAGUUCAGAAGGAAGGCAAAGGGAAAGGAAAAAGAGCACAGUGACGAUCGGAUCAUAGGGUCAAGUUUCGCAAGAGAUGAUGAGCCAAAGGAUUCUGACUCGGAACGAUCCGAAACGUCGACCUCUUCAAAUGCAAAUCCCGAUACUCCGUCCUCGACACCGGAUACUUCACUCGGGGAUGGCUCCAAAGAAUCACCCAAGUCGCCAACUACUGCACGCCUCAACAAAUUAACUGAACAGAAUAUCCUUCUCCGACAUCGAGUAGAUUCUCUCGAGAAUGCUAUGCAAUUUAUCAGGAAGGAAAUACAGGCCGUUAAGAUAAUCUUGGAGCCUUGGAUACGAUUUGUCGAGAACAACCCCCGACCAGCAACAGCAGCGACCUUCGGCGUGAGCGAACCAUUCGCACCACUGCCAUCUGCAUCGACUGCCCCUCCUCGGUCAUCACCAGAUUCUAUCCCCCCGGAGGCAUCCUAUAGGCCACCACCCAUGAAUUCACGCACCAAUAGCACGGCCAACGCGGACGACCUUGCAUCAUACUUCCCCACAGAAGACGAAGUCCGUGUUCGACCUUCUGCCCCUGUUCCCCCACCCCAGGUCCACCAACAGCCGCACCACCAACAACAACCAGACCAGCCCUCUAUUCCACACCGACCGGGCCAUGCCCAUCACAACAGUCUGCCGAUAUCACCAAGUCUCGAAACGCCCUCGCACCCCCCACUCAAUGUGGGCUACGCCUCAAGCGUCGGGAACUUCACUUUGAACCUUCACGGGAGCACCAAUAUGUAUCUGCCACCGUUCCUCCCCUCCAAUAUUACUGCUCCUUCUCUCCCUUCUGCUUCUGCUCCCGUCCAAACCCCCGCUGGUCCCCCGCCGCAAUCUGCGAGCCAACCGCAACCUUCGCAAUCCACCCCACUGACUUCCGUGCCCAACUUGCAGAUUAACACUCCGCUGCUCCUGCAAACCCUGCAGAGCAUGCAAUCGACCUCGCAGACGAUAGCUUCUGCGUUAGAAGAAGUGAAUCGCAAGAGCGAGCUGGCUCUCUCGCUAAUAGGGGCCGGGGCAGGAGCGAACAUGACGGGUGGCGGAGUCGUCGGUGAAGUUCUACGGCUCGGCGAGGAAAUCAUGGGUGUCCGAGCGAGCGUCCAAGGGCUGCGGAUGCAGGUACAUGGAAUGAUGAUGGGUGCUGUAGGCGUUGGUGCCCCUGCUAAUAAUGUCGGCGCUGGGUUUAUGGGAAGACCUGCUGGUGUAUCUGUUUCCCCUCCGAGUGGAGGGGGAGCGGGUGUGUUGGGUGAGGAGGAUCCCUCGGGUAUGAGGACCCAGCCGAUGCAGAUGCCUCCGGGAAUGCCGCAGGGUUUGCGUUUUGGUUUCCCUGGGCCGUUGGGAAUAACGAAACUGUAG